AUGGAGAUUCCACUGCCAGGUGAACUGCGUUGUGAGCUUACAGUGAAGACUGGAAGACCGCUCGAACGCUGCCGCGAUAAAGGCGUUGCGCUGUCGUUUGACAUCUCGGUUUCAGAAGGCUACGAUGUUCUAAGAGCUAAGGUCAAGUCGGCUUUUGCCACAAAGGAGCGUCUAACCUGGAACGACGGACUUAAUGUAUACAUCCGACUUGCGAAGAACGCCCCUCAAAAGGCGUUCGUGAAGAUGGAUCAGGACGGCUUUAUGCCUCUGCUACGGACUGCCUGGCGGAACGCUCGGCUGCGUCGCGGUGGACACGUUGACUUUGGGCUAGACAUUUUUGUGCAUAUAGAGAAAACGAAGCGAGUGCCAACUGCUACGCUCCAUCGUGCUACAGAAAACCGCGUGCAGCAAGUACUACCACGAGUCCAAGAAGCACUCCAAGCAGCCAAUGUACCCUUCGGUCCCGCUACUCUACGUUAUGCUGCUACAGCACAAGCCAGAUUACCCGACGGAGAAGCCGUGCGUGUACCGAACAAUACUACGUUUCAGCAGUUGCAGCACAUCGACAGCCUCGAGCAAGAAGCUAGUACGGCAACCAGGGAACCGGAUGAAUUUCGCACCGAUUCAGGUUAUCCUAAACGAAGCAACACUAACGUAUCCGUGUUCGUUCCGCCCCCGGAACAAGAUAUGGACGAUGUUGAUCAUGCACUCAGCGACGAUGGAGUUGAACAAAUGUCGGUUUAA